AUGGAUGGUCAACAUGAGCCAUCAGAUCCCCCCACCAACGGGCUGACUGACCACGGAGCGAUUCUCCUUACCGGCGGCACCACUGGAAUCGGGCUGGGCACAGCCCAGGAGCUCGUGCUACUCGGUUUUCGCAAGUUCAUCUUAGGGUAUGCUACACAUGACGAACACGCCAAUGUGGCCAAAAGUAACCUGGAACAGAACAAAGGGGUUAAGGUGGUUCUGGUCAAAGGCGAUGUGUCCGAAAAGAGAACGGUGGAGGAGAUUUUCAAGGUCGUCGACGAGGACUUCGGUGGCUCCUUGUACGCUAUUCUCCACACAGCUGGCGUUAUGCCACCCAUAAAUGAUGAAGAACCAGAGAAAACGUUUGACGCCUUCACAGAACUGUACCCGAAGGCCUUUUGGCGGCUGGUGGAGCGAGGAGUGCCUUAUAUGGAGAAGUCACCACACGGGGGUCGGAUCGUAGUACUUUCCAACCCUGGGGUCAACCUAAUGUCCUCACCUAGACCCUUCUACCUAAUGGCUGGUUGCGGAAAGGCGGCGCUUGAGUACUUGACCCGGCACUACGCACUCGUAUUGGCCCCCAAACGUAUCACGUGCAAUGUGGUGAUCCCGGGUAUUACAAAGACUAAGGGGUGGAAGGAGAUAGACCCCACGGAACUUGCCGAAAGACGGUGUCCCAUGAAGGAAGUCAUCCAACCAGAGGAUGUCGGAGCAGCACUGGCAUUUCUCGUCUCCCCAAAAGCGCGUUUUAUCACCGGUGCGUUCCUACCAGUCGAUGGGGGACUUAUGUUUGUGUGA